AUGACAGCUGCUGAUAUUGAACUGACAUCAAAUGAAACUUACCAACAGAUGAGUUUCUAUUGUAUAAGUGCUCAAGGUCGAUCUCACAUAGAAUUCUGGGUAAAUUCUACAACGGAUGUCCAUUUUGCUCUGAUGACCGAGGACACUUCCACGCCGAGAAUCAAUUAUAGCCAGUUUUAUGAGAUUGUUAUCGGUGGAUGGCACAAUACAGAGUCAUGUAUUCGAGCACAAAGUGUUCAAUGUAAAAAAGUCAGUACCCCAGGUAUUUUAGAUGGUUCAAUGUUUGUUCAGUUCUGGGUCAGUUGGGACAAUGAUCAUGUCUAUGUAGGAAAAGGACCAAAGUCAUCCGGGAUCGUCAUGCUCUCCGAAACCAAACCCGGGUCUUAUGAAGUAAAUUACUUUGCUGUAAUGACGCAUCACAAAAGUGUCUGGAGAUUUGUUGAUGAUACAGAGUGUGAAAUGAGAGAGUUCAACAAUACGGAUUUGGUUACGGAAGAUAAAUCAUGUAAUGGUAUAACAACGUAUAGAUGUAAACCUGGAUUCCUUCUGACAGGUGGCAAUCUGACUCGCACGUGCAUGAUUGGUCGGGUAUGGGAUGGUGAACCCCCUGUGUGUACAGAUUGUGGUUGUACAUCAACAAAUCAUGUGUCAACGAAUAUGUCCAUAGAUUAUCUAAAGGAAAGAAUAUCACAGCUCACAAAGGAACUUAAAAUACACAAAAAUGUUACAAGCUCAUACUGGAGGUCUAAAACCAGCGCACCUGACUACAGGAUAUCCUCCAGAGGGAUAGGAUAUACAUUAGGAUACGGUUUAAUCGGUUUUAUGCUAGGUGUUAUCUUCAUUUCAGACCUUCAAAGGAUAGCAAACAACAACUUGCAGAAAAGAGUAAAUGUUGAAACUUGAAAUGAUGAUUAUCACGAGUGAACUGUCAAAAUGUGUAU